AUGCCCGACGAGACCAGCGCUCAGGCCUUUAUCAAAACGCUGCCUCGCGGCGAUAGACGUCGGAACUGGGAAGAGAGUCGCUUCCGGUUGCUAUGCAUCAAGGUCCAGGACCGGAGCCAGCUCUCUGAGCAGACAUCCAUUGUUAACGCGGCAGUCGAGUCGGGAUGGAUACAUGGCGAAUUCGCGAGACUGAUCCAGACCGGGACCACCGGUUCUGCGGUUCUCACGGAGAACGGCAAUAUCAGUCUCAUUCUCCAGAUGCCAAAGGACCAGCUGCCCUUUAUCACCCUCUCCAUCUCAGAGCUCCCUCGAGAAGGUCGCUAUCGCGGAUCCGAUUGGGUUUGCCUCCUCUUGAUUGGGCCCGGGAUCAAUUUGGAAUCGCUGCUCAGCGAAAGUUCAUUCCCAUAUGACUAUGCCUCCCUGUCUCCCGACUUUAUGUUCCUGCCGGUCUCCGUCCUUCAGGACGAAGUGGAGCGGGUCGGAGCUGGGCUGAUGAAGUUGAAGAAAUCCGUGCUGGACGAGCAAGGGCAGGUCUUGUCCAGAGAUCCCAGAGGCCUCGAUGACACCAAGAACAAGCUUUUCGAGCUGGAGAGGACUUACCUUGAACUGUACGAAAGGUGGAAGUUUGGACAAAGCCUCGCCGAAAACCUCACCAAAUGCUUUGGCGAAAUCGUGAGGUUGCAAGCAAAGGAUAACGACAGGGCGAAAUACUCAAGAACUCUCUCCCAGCGGGUCGAGACCCAGAUCACAUUGUCGAACAUGACCCAGCAAGAGCUUGAUGCCAUCCCUUCCAAGUUGAAGCAGCAACACCGCAUGAUUGAUUCCAAAUUGAGCAUAAUGAUUGCGGAGGACACUCGCCGUGACAGCUCGUCGAUGAAGACUAUGGCGGUGCUCACUUUGCUGUUUUUGCCUGCCACUGCUCUCGCUUCCAUCUUCGGUAUGUCCAUGUUUGAUUGGGAGGCUCGGGACGGAAAAGACAUUGUGUCCCGGCACUUCUGGGUCUAUGUCGUUGUCGCAGUUCCGCUCACACUGGGCGUUCUUGCUGCCUGGAUCUUGUGGUACUCAUGGACUCAGAAGACCUAUGCAAGGAAAUGGCAAAGGGAUAUCAGAACCGGCGACGCUCAGAUAUCAAAGCAAGAGGUCUAG